UCGAUAAUUGAUGUUAUCAUUAAUUUUUUCCACCUAUAGUUGUGUAGCCUUUCACCAUUUAAGCCUGUAACGUAAAUUAAUAAUUUCAAGUCAACAACAAUGGCCUAUAGCAAUGGCGGAAUGCCAGAUCAACAAUUUCUUUGGGAUGUUUUUCAAAGAGUUGACAAAGACAGGAGCGGCCAUAUAUCUGCUGAUGAGCUACAGGUGGCCCUCUCAAAUGGUACAUGGUCUGCAUUUAAUCCCGAAACGAUCCGUUUGAUGAUAGGAAUGUUUGAUCGCGAAAGUACGGGUACCGUAUCCUUUCAAGAUUUCGGAGCGCUAUGGAAAUAUGUUACUGAUUGGCAGAAUUGCUUUAGAUCAUUUGAUCGUGACAGUUCGGGAAACAUAGACAAAACUGAGCUUAAAACGGCACUGACAUCAUUCGGUUAUCGUUUAUCCGAUCAAUUAAUUGAAGUUUUGCUUCGCAAGUUUGAUCGCUUUGGACAUGGUACAAUUCUUUUUGAUGAUUUUAUUCAAUGUUGUAUUGUGCUGUAUACAUUAACAACUGCAUUCCGGCAGCACGACACUGAUAUGGAUGGAAUCAUAACCAUACAUUAUGAACAAUUUUUAAGCAUGGUUUUUUCUUUAAAAAUUUAAAGCCAAGCAAAACAAAUACAAAUAACAAAUAUAAUGUACUUUUACUACACUAUUGAAAUAUACUUUUAUUAAACAACAA